GCUGCCAGGGACUGGGCUAGACCGACACCGGCGGGCACGAGGAAAGAAAGCUGGUGGAGUACGCCGCGCGUCCGAGCGUCGGUCGGCGAGCCUAGCCUCAGCCAGAACCCCGGCGGGUCCGUCACGCCGCGGCGUCUGCGUGGUUGUUCUCUGGACUCUGUGAGCCAGCUGUGGUUGGAGCGGCACAGCUUGCGUCAUGGACUCUGAGGUCAGCAAUGGCUCAGGCCUGGAGGCCGAGUGCAUCACAAACCUGCUGGUGUUUGGCUUUCUCCAAAGCUCUGGCUAUAAUUUCCAAGAGCUGGAGAAACUGGGUCAGGAACUGCCCGUGCACGUUUACCCAGAGGCAGACCUCGAGGAUGAGCUGCAGACGGAUGGCAACCGGGCUAGCCGCUCCUUCUACCGUGGAAGGAUAGAGCCAGAUUCUGGAAGUCAGGAAGAAAUCAUCCAGAACAUUGCCAGACAUCUCGCCCAAGUAGGCGAUGAGUUGGACCACAGCAUCCAGCCCACAUUGGUGAGACAACUGGCCACGCAGUUCACGAACAGCCUGUCGGAGGAAGACAGAAGGAACUGCCUGGCCAAAGCCCUUGACGAGGUGAAGACAGCCUACCCUAGAGACAUGGAGAAUGACAAGGCCAUGCUGAUAAUGACCAUGCUGUUGGCCAAAAAAGUGGCCAAUCACACACCAUCCUUGCUCCGUGAUGUCUUCCGCACGACCGUGAACUUUAUUAACCAGAAUCUGCUGACCUACGUGAGGAACUUGGUUAGAAAUGUAAGGACCCAUUAUGCCAGCGCCUGGCUUCUCGGGGAGCCCUAUGGUCCUUGCCUACCUGUUCUAACCCAGCAGAGCCUCUGCUUAAGUCCCUCCCACCUCCUCCUUUUGACCAAUCAUGACUGUUCAGGAGAGGCAAAGGCUGGUUCACACUACUGGUGGGAUCCAGGCAGGGUGGGGAGACAUGGAGCAUAAUGGAUGGCCAAGGGCCCAGCUCCCUUGGGCCUU